ACGGGAAUAAAAACGGAUAACGAAUAAUUAGAACGGUAAAAGGAUAGUAAAUGCACCCAGAAUGAGUUGGCUGACAGUAAAAUAUGCCAUAGUUCUAAUCCUUACACUAUACCACGUGAUUGACAAAGGUGAAUGCCAGUGCAGUUCUACAAACAAAAAUGCAGUGGAGACAAUUUUAGUCAAUGAAACUAUUUCUACAUUCACAACACCUGGAUACCGAGUGGCGUAUUAUCCGCGGAUGAGCUGUGUUUGGAUAUUUGAUGCGGGAACCAGUGCUGCCACUAUAGUGUUUGAUAUACAAGAAAUUCUAAUAGAAAACUCAAGAAGAUGUUCAUUUGAUUCUAUAACAUUUUAUGAAGGAAAUACUACUUCAGGAACUGAGCUUGCUAAGAAAUGUGGACGUCUAACGUCAAGUUCCGUUGGGUCUUUCGUUUCGUCCAGUGGUCAGUACGCUACCGUACUCAUGAAAUCGGACUCGUCCAGGCAGUACGCUGGUGUCAAAAUGAACGUUUUUUACGCAAUAGAGAAAUCGGCUGGCUCGUGUUCCGGAAAUACAGCGUCAAUAACGGCAACCACCACGAGCGAUUACAUCACGUCCCCGGGCUACCCGGCGUCCCUUGAUAAUGGCGUGGAUUGUUCGUGGACCAUAACUUGCGCCCCUGGUACAGUGCUCUACAUUGAAAUUGAAUACUCGGACCUGGAAUAUACUUCGCCAUGCUUUGAACAGAUACUAGCGAUCUAUGAUGGAACGUCCAAUUCGGACCCAGCUGUUUUAGAGAGUUGGUGUGAUUCCAAGGCCAACUUUCCGACACAGUCGACAGUGUACUUUACCACCGGAAAUACUGCCUUUAUUACUCUAAAAACAGAAAUGGAAUCUGCAGCGGAAAGACACGGCUUCCGGAUUAAUUUCAGGCAAAAUUCAUCAGCUAUAACGACAACUACAGCACCAAUAACAACAACAACCCAGUUGGUCCAAGUUUGUUCUAGUUCUCCAACAGAGCUUGACGCCAGCGACAAUGCCCAGUACUUCCGGUCGCUGAAUUAUCCAAACGAUUAUCCAAACAAUGUAAAUUGUUACUGGCGAAUUACUGCCCCUAUUGGUUUCACGAUCAACCUGACAUUUGUUGACUCGAACAUACAACCUGGCGAGGACUGCUCGAUUUCUGACUCGGUCACUGUUUAUGACGGUCGGUCAAGUUCAUACCCACGAAUGACAAGAUUCUGCGGGGCCGAGUCACCAGUGUUAGCCAGUACCGGAAGAUACUUGUAUGUCCACCUUAAAACGGAUCUGACGGUGGGGUACCGUGGUUUCUCUGCUAUGUACCAAACCGUUCCAUCCGCUGUUCCGGAUUGUGUUGUUACGGGAAUCACGGAAAAUAUCACCGCUUCUGACACACCCCAGUCGUUAACGUCACCCGGAUACCCUAAUAAUUAUAACGAUUCGACAGUAACUUAUUGGAUGAUAACAAAUCCGAAUGAGACUCAGGCUUUAGCCAUUACAGUGACGGACUCUCGUCUGGAGGCUAGUGUUGACUGUAUAUAUGACCGGGUACAGAUUUAUCAAGGGCCGUGUACAUCAUAUCCGCUGUUAGGGACUUUUUGCGGAGAAGACACGCCGACGUAUUAUUACGACACGGGGGCAUACGCUCUUGUUGUCCUUACUACAGAUGGCAAUGUUAACUAUAAGGGUUUUAACAUAAGCGUCUACCUUACUGAUAAGCCAGAUGACGAUUUAAGCGCUUUAGUGGUAACCGGCAUUAUUGUCGGCUGCGUUCUUGGUGGAAGUGCAGUCAUUGCCGGCGUCUCAUUUGGUGUUUACAAGUAUGUUAACCGAGGAAGUGACCACGUGCCAUCACGUGACUCGAGUCGAAGGUCGUCUGCGUCAUCAUCGUCAGACGGCGGUAUAACAAAUAGAUCAUACAUGAAGAGUAAAGUUCCGCGGAGAUUGCCACCUAUCAAAGAAUUUUACACGUCUAGUUUUACAAAGAGAUAAACUCUGAUAAUUUAAUUUCGUCUUUUUAAGAAUUAUUGAACUAAAGUUUGUUUGUACAAAAUAGAGUUUUCCAGGGAGUUUUUAGUUUUAGUAACACCGUACUUUAGAUAGGUUAAUAUAUAUUUGUUCUGAUGUGAUGCUAUUGUGUUUUAGUUAUUUGAUUUAUCAUCUGCAUUUUAUUGUCUAAAUAUUUUUUGAAGAUAAUAUUUUUACAAUUUCAUGUCAUGCUUAUGAUUAAUGUCAAAAUGACCAUAUUUUAUAUUAAAAAAAACAUUGUAUAUAGCCACACAA